UGGGUGGUUUGGGUUUUUCUGGGCUGAAUCUUGGUGGUUUGGGGGUUUUUAUGGACACAGGAUGCCCAGUGAGUUCUAGAGAUGGACUUGGGCAGGAGGAACCCCCAAGCCAACGCGCUCAGCCCUUGUUUUCCCCCCCAUCAGGAUUUGUCCUUCCCAAAGCUUGGGCGGAUGGAGGAGGAGGCUGCGAGGAAGAGGAAGAUGCCUUGGGCCCCCCAGGCAGGUGAGGAGGCAGUCAGUGUCCCUUUGGGCGGGUGUUGUGCUGGCUCUGUCAGCCGAGCAUGGCCCCGGCUGCAGGACAACCCCGCUGGCGCCGCCGUCCUGCCGGGGCCGGAGUUGGGGGGAUGUCCUUGGCCUUCCCUGUGGGCCGGAGGCAAAUCCCCUCCCUGUCCUUCUUGCUUCCUGCCCCAGGCCCCGAGCUGAGGAUGGAGAGCCCGGAGGACAAAUCCCCCCGUGAGACCCUGGUGGGAGAGGCCGUUUUGAAGGGCUCCCCGGCGCAGGAAGGCAGCGGGGAGGAAAAGGGCCGGAGAUCCCCCCGCAGGAGGGGCUCCAAAGCCAUCCCAGGGUGCUCUGAGAAAGAAGGACCCAGCCUGUGCCGGGAAGGCAGCUGGAGCUUGAGGGGGAGUUCUGAGCUGGUGGUCCCUGAUCAGCCUCCCAGCAGGGAGAAGCCCUUCAGGUGCUUGGAAUGUGAGAAGAGCUUCAGCUGGAGCUCCCACCUGAUCCGACACCAGCACAUCCACACUGGGGAACGGCCCUACACGUGUGGGGAAUGUGGGAAGAGCUUCAGGUGUAGUUCCCACCUCCUCACCCACCAGCACAUCCACACUGGGGAACGGCCCUACACGUGUUGGGAAUGUGGGAAGAACUUCAGCCAGAGCUCUACCCUUCGCACCCACAAGCGCAUCCACACUGGGGAAUGGCCCUACAAGUGCUUGGAAUGUGGGAAGAGGUUUCAGACCAGCUCACAUCUCCUCAUGCACCAGCGGACACACACGGAUGAGAGGCCCUUCCGCUGCACUGACUGUGGGAAGGGCUUCAACCGGAACUCCAACCUCGUCACCCACCGGCGCAUCCACACUGGGGAGAGGCCCUACAAGUGUGGGGAGUGUGGGAAGAGCUUCACCCACAGCUCUAACUUUACCAGACACCAACGGACCCACCACAGGGAGAAGCCCUUCAAGUGCUUGGAAUGUGGGAAGAGCUUCAGAGACAGCUUCAACCUGCUCACCCACCAGCACAUCCACACUGGGGAACGCCCCUACAUGUGUAGGGAAUGUGGGAAGAGCUUCAGUGCCAGGUCCACUCUCCUCAUCCACCAGCGCAUCCACACUGGGGAACGUCGUUACACGUGUGGGGAAUGUGGGAAGAGCUUCAGGGACAGGUUCACCCUCCUCACCCACCAGCACAUCCACACUGGAGAACGGCCCUACAAGUGUAUGGAAUGUGGGAAGAGGUUUCAGACCAGCUCCAGUCUCCUCCUGCACCAGCGGACGCACACGGAUGAGAGGCCCUUCCGCUGCACCGACUGUGGGAAGGGCUUCAAGCAGAACUCCCACCUCGUCACCCACCGGCGCAUCCACACUGGAGAGAGGCCCUACAAGUGUGGGGAGUGUGGGAAGAGCUUCACCCAGAGCUCUGCCUUGACCUCACACCAACGGACCCACCGGUAAGGGAAGCCCUGUGAGUUCCCCGACUGCAGAAGAGCUUCGGCCACUGCUUCCACCUUAAAUGAAGCCCCUGAUGGUGAGGCAACCCCUGGAGUCCAGUGACUGUUAGUCCAUCCCUUCUGACCAGAAAGGGCCAGUCCCCUUUCACAGAGGCACGUUCUUCCAACAGAACCCUUCUUGGGGAUGUGUGGAGAUUCCUGCCUUGGCUGGGGACCCCCCAGGGUCACUCCUGGAGUCUGAGAGCAGAGAUCUCCCCAUGAGCGUUGGUCUGGGGGAGUUCCAUCCAUUUCUAAUUGAGAAUUAUUGCUUUUGUGCCAGCUUGAGUAGAAUUGCUUCAACAAUUGCUUUAGUGUAGAGCACUGUCCUAUCUUAUCCUGUACU